AUGAAAUAUUCUAUUCUUUCGUUAACUUUAAUUGCAACAGCAUCUUGUGCAAAGCUUGACAUCAUUGAAUUUCUCAAGAGGGACUGUGAUGUUUCACAAUGUUCAGCUGUGAUUGAUAAGGCACAGCAAAACUGUGCACUGGAAGAUCCUCAAAAGGAGAUAGAGUGUCUCUGUAGUAAUAAUGACUACUGGAAGGCAUUACUGGAUUGUUCUUGUGACGGAACCUCCCAAAGUGAUAUUGAUUCCUACAAGAGUGGUUACUGUAACCAGGGUGCAUCCACAGAGAACUCUGACUUGGAUAGUAUGGCAUACGAUGACAACAACUAUACUCCGCCAACAAAUGUUCCGGCCACUGCUACAGAAGACGAUAAUAGCGAAGGAACCGAUAAUGUUGCAGACAACUCCGCUGACGAUGUUGAAGAUUCAUCCACUAGUUCUGGAAGUGAAGAAAAUGGCGAAGAAGAUGGCGAAGAAGCUAGUACUUCUUUGACCAAUUCCAUACAAACUUCAACUUCUAGAACAACUAUUGCUACAGCUACUGAAUCUGCUUCAUCUUCCCCAAUUUCUAUUGAGGAUGAUGACUUGGACUCUGCAUCUGGGGCCGAAUCGGCUACUGAUGAAUCUAACUCAACUACCAAAGGUUCGGAUUCUGUUUCUGUUUCUGUUUCUGAAGAUUCGGACCUUGUAACAGACGAUGCCGAUUCUGCUACUGCAACUGGACGUGCCAGCUCUUCUAUCGAAAAGUCUGGAAAUAGUACUUCGAGUUCAUCUAGAAGUACAGGUUCGUCCGAAAGUACUGUUACUGAAGAAUCUGCCACUGAAACAGGUUCCACAAGUGCAACCAAUGGUGGAAACCCUCUCGCAAUCAAUUCGUUUAUGGUGGUUUUAGCAUUGGUUCUUGCUUAA